UGGCAGCGACACGACUGGGGUGUGCAACGCUACAAGAUUUGAGCUACAUACGGCGACUCCGGCUACUCAAGACGACACAACUGGGGUACAGCGACAGUCGCAGAAGUUCACCACCUGCGGAGCGUUGACCAAUCAGAGACCAGAUCCGCGAGUGACGUAACGCAUGAGGGGGAAAUUGGAAAAGAAAAGGAAAAAAAUGGAGGACACGCUGAUUUCUGCGGUGGCUGCAUGCCCGGUCAUUUACGACCCGCAAUGCCCAUUUUACCGGGAUAGUAACAGAAAGGAGCUUGCCUGGAGGGAAGUCAGCAAAACCAUUGACGUCCCCGUGGAAAUCUGCAAAAAAAGAUGGAAGGGACUCAGGGAUAUGUACAUGAGAGAGAAGAGGAAGGCCAUGGAGAAAAAGAGUGGGUCAGCGGCAUCUAGCCAGGGAAAGUGGAGGAGGUUCGCCGUCCUCUCCUUCCUGGACCCCUUCAUCACCCCGAGGGAGACGUCGGGGAACAUGACUGCAGCAGCAGCAGAAACAUGCCAUCAUGUUGAUGAGGAAGAGGAGGAAUUUGAAGAAACCUUUGAUGAAGGUACAGAGAUGGAACCUCCUGCUUCCUCAUCUGCUGCUGCUGCUGCGUCAGCUCCUCCACCUUCACCUGCCGCUGACCCAUCCACAUCCUCUGCUGGUCCCCCAAAACAAAAAAGGAAGAGGUCGUCCACCUCAUCCGUGGAAGAAGAGGACAGAGAGUUGCAACGGGUUCUCCUCGCCUCUCUGUCCAAACCCCCUGCUCCACCUCCCUCAGCAGAGGAGUCAUUUUUGCUGAGCCUGGUUCCUAUGAUCCAGAGAUUGUCAUUAGAAAAAAAAGAGGCUUUACUUUUAGACAUUCACAAUUUAGUUUAUGAACGCACUAGGGAAGCUAAUUAGGUUAUUCAAUUAUGUUCUUGUUUAAUUUCUUUUAUUUAUUUAUGUAUUUUUCAUUUCCAAUUUCUGGAUCAUAGGAACCAGGCUCCCUGUCCUUCCUCUUCUCUCUCAAGUCCCUCGUUCCUCCAGGCAAGCUCCUUUCAUAAAGAGUCUAUAUGAGUUGUGU